AUGGAAAAAUCGCAGAAUUCGGUAAGCUUUCGAAUAGAACUUCAAAGAUCCACAGCCUUGUUCAGAUGAGCUUUUCGCAGGAAGGAGGAAGCAAUCUGAGCGAGAGAGUGCUUCUGAAUGUCGGAGGAAAGAAGUUCGAAACGACGGUGGCCACGUUAACCAGAAUUCCGGAUACGGUAGAGAGUACGGUAGCCGUUGUUGCCUAGAAUUCGGUUGCAGGUGCUUGCUGUGAUGGUGAGCGAUCGUUGGAAGACUGGGGAUGAAAUCUUUAUCGACCGAGAUCCGAAGCACUUCGGAAAAGUUCUCAAUUACCUAAGGGAUGGGGAUCACUUUGUGGUUCCUGCUGACACGGAAGCAUGCGACGAAUUGAAGAGAGAGGCUCACGUGGGUCAUCUGAGAACCUUCAGCUGAUGUGAAACCGAAAGUAAUUUCAGUUCUACAACAUGCCGUUCCUGGCCGAAUUGUGUCUUCCGAUGAAUGUUGACGUGGCUGACAUCGUCCAAUGGAAACGGGACGCCAUCGAGAUCUACUGGCGUCCGUUUGUCCGUUACAUGGUCGACGACUCCCUUUCUCUUCCCUUUAUCUAUGAUAGGUAAGCACUCUCCACACUCUACACACUUUGCCUUUUCUCCUUUUUCAGAAACAAUCACACGCUCGCCAGGUGCAUCGCGUGCGAAGAGUUCCAGGAUCCAAAGUGCUCGUACCUUUUCGACAUCAACUACCAGGCGUGGGAACCAAUGAGACACCACAUGUACAACAUGACGGGAGAAGUCACGCAGGUAUUCAAGUAGAGCGGAUAAAAAAGGGAUUGACUGGCGGAUUAGGUGACGUAGAAAAAUGGGCAAAAAGUAGGCAAAACACGGAAGAGACGGCAAUGCAAGCAAUAAAUAUUUGAUUGGUUCGUGGAAUAAACAAUGCGAUUACCGAGCGAAGUUUCAGUUGAUGGGCGAGAACUGCUGCAUCGUCUCGUGGGACAACGGACAGCAGAUCCAUCUGCCCAAGUCCGCUCUGAUCAAAGUGCCCGGAAUGCAACACCAGGGAUGA